AUGAGGAAUGAGGACGAGCGGAAACGGGCAGUGAAAAAUGGGGUGAAAAAGGGCGAAAAGGGGAGUGAGAAGGAGGCGAAAAGAGCCGUGAAAAAUGGGGGGAAAAAGGGCAAAAUCGAAAGUGAUGAUGAUGAGGAAGAGGAAGAAGAGGAGGAGGAAGAGCCGCCCCGGAAAAAUGGGGUGAAAAAGAGCAAAAUUGAGAGCGAGGAUGAAGAGAUGAAGCCCCUCCGCAAAAAUGGGGUGAAAAGGGGUAAAAAUGGGACUGAGGCUACGAAAAAUGGGGUGAAAAGGGGCAAAAUUGAGAGUGACGACGAGGAAGAGGAAGAGGAGGAAGAGGAAGAGGAGGAAGAGGAAGAAGAGGAGGAAAAGGGGAAGAGGAAGGACCCGCCCCCCAAAAAUGGGGUGAAAACGGGCAAAAAGA